UUUUUUUUUUUUAAUCUUUUUACAAUUUUAGUUUUAAAUUUGAGAUGAAUGAUCUAAAGGAUAUGGAUGAGAUUAGGGUCUAUUAGUGGUCUUGUUUUGGUGAAUGUGGAAUUAAUUUUCUUGAAGUUUUAGAAAGCUAUUUAAGAUUAACAUUCUUGUGGGUUAAUUAAGGGCAAAAAAGAUAAGAAUGUACCUUUUCUAUGUUUUAUGAUAGUAUAUGGAAAAGGAAGGCUAUUGUGGCCACUUUGGAUACAUUUUGAGGUAAUCUUUAUGCAUUUGGGGUCAUAACAAAGCUUAUGAGGAAAAGGAUGUUUAUUGCAGCAAUAUGGGAUGGGUUUUGAGGCAAUCUCUCUACGUUCAGGACCAUAUUCAAAUGUCAAAUUCAUUUAAGAAUUGAUGUAAAUAUUUUUCUCUACUCUGAGUUUGACAACUACACUGGAAUAAAUAUGGGGAAAGUUUGCAAUAUUAGUGCAAUAUGACCAGUUCUUGGGCCAAAGGAUGAUGAAGAUUGCAAAUUUUGGAAUGAAUGCUAAUAUCAAAUGAUUCAAGCUUUGCUAGGAAUGUUGGUGGUGUUUUAGUUGAAUCGGGUGUUGAAAUCCAACAUAAGCUAAAAGGAUUCUCUCCUGCUCAGAAGUUUCCGCAAGCUGAAUUUUCACCAUAUCAUAACACCACUUAUGAGUGGAACCCAAUUGGAUCUGGAAUCAUGUGGAAAUCUUAUAAUUUUCCUGUGUUUCUACUUUCUGAAAGUAGCACAUCAACCUUGCAAGAGAUUGCUAUGAAGAAUGAGAAAACAGAGAGAGCUUAUACUACUAAUGUGGCAGAAUUUGAUGUAGUGAUGCAGACAACUAAGGUUGGGACUCAUGAUUCAGAAUCUUGUUUGAAAGAAGAGACUUGCCUUCCAUUAGGUGGAUACAGUAGAAAAAAAAUGAGCUUUGCAAAUAGGAGUGAUGUUUAUUCUUAUGGUGACAUAACUAUUUUACUUCGCGGUGGAAUGCUCAGAGGGGGCAGUGUUUGGUCAGCUCUCCCACCAAUUGAUAGGUUAUCCUCAAAUCAGUCCAAGCCCAUUAUACUAGCAGUGGCUUCUAUGGAUGCUCAAUCAUUUUUUCGGGACAAAAGCCUUGGUGCAGAUUCCCCUAUAUCUGGAAUGAUAUCAUUGCUGGCAGCAGUUGAUGCCCUUUCUCAUGUAGAUGGUUUAGACGACCUUAAUAGACAGCUUGUCUUUCUUGUUUUCACUGGUGAGGCCUGGGGUUACCUUGGUAGCAGGAGAUUUUUACUUGAACUUGAUCAGCAGUCAGAUGCUGUUCAUGGCCUCAAGAGCACAUUGAUGCAUUUGGUCAUGGAAAUUGGGUCAACUGGAAGAGGCUUAAAUCAAGGAAACAAAACCUUCUUUGCUCACACAGAGGUUUCAUCUGCUUCAAAUGAAACUUUGGAUGCCUUAAAACUUGCCCAGGAGUCCCUUAAAUCUGAUGGUGUUACAAUUUCAACUGCUAACUCUUCAAAUCCUGGAGUCCCUCCAUCAUCCAUGAUGGCAUUUCUGAGAAAGAACUCUUCAACUUCUGGGAUUGUGUUAGAGGAUUUUGAUACCAUUUUUGCCAACAAGUUCUACCAUAGUCAUCUUGAUGAUUCAGCAAAUAUAAACUCUUCAGCGAUAGUGGCAGCUGCUUCUCUUGUUGCCCGGACCCUCUAUGUUCUUGCAAGUGAUAACAAGAAUUUAACCAGUUCAGCUCUAAGUGCAAUCAAUGUGAAUGCCUCUCUAGUAGAAGAACUAAUUAGUUGCAUGUUGGACUGUAAUCCUGGUCUUUCUUGUGAGUUGGUUAAGAGCUAUAUUUCAACUACCAAUACAUGCCCAAACCAUUAUGUUGGUGUUGUUCUUGGAGAACCUUCCUCAACACCUCACCCCAAUCAGGUUGACGACAUUUCCAGGUUUGUAUGGAACUUUCUGGCAGAUAGAACAUCAACUCCCAAGGGCGAUACUUCUGUUUGCUCACAGGAUUGUGGUAAAAAGGGCGGAGUGUGCAUUAGAGCAGAAACAGAUGGGAAAGGCGUUUGUGUUAUCUCCACAACCAGGUAUGUCCCUGCAUAUUCAACUCGCUUGAAGUUUGACUCUGGAACUUGGCAAUUGUUACCUCCAAACUCCUCGGAUCCCAUGGGGAUGCUGGACCCUGUUUGGACAGAGAGCAAUUGGAAUACGAUUGGUCUCCGGGUCUACACUGUCCAGGAUGCUGCUUAUGACCGACUGGUUUUGCUCGGAGGUAUCACUGUCACAGUCUUGGCUUAUUUAGCAAUACUACUUACAAGAGCCUACAUAACAAAGGCCUUGAAGCAGGAUUGACAGCUCAAGUCUUACAGAAUUUUUUAGAAAUAUACAAAAUUGUUAGGACCAAAUGUUAAAUAUGGUAACUGACGGUAUUGCACAUAUUGGUUUUUAAGGUUAAAAUUUUUGAAUCAUUUCAUGAAAAUUGAAAAAUUCUAGUUGUGUGUGGCUGUUCUGUAGAGGAUUAAAGCUGAUUGAAUUGAAGUUUUUAUUUUUCUUGACUGAAUUGUUAACAGGAUUUGUUACACGCGCAUUGCUGUUGAAUUUAAUA